UCGAUGUAAGUUGUAAGAUGGCGGAAGACAUUGAAAUCCUCGAUCGCGAGAACGGUGGAGUUAGUGAUUUUAUAAAUAUUCUGGAACAUGGGAAAGAGUUGUAUCAAGAAAUAAAGCGAAGUAUGUUUUCGGCUUCCUUUGUGGAGGCUGAACAUCUUAAUAUGCAGACAGAACAAUUUGUCACGACAAUAGUUAUUUCAUUUGGCCAUCUUCGCAAUACUUUACUACAAGAUGCAAAUAUGAUUGAAACCAUUGCUACUCUAAUCAACAUGUUUCAAUGCCUUGUACGUCGGUUAAUGGAUCGUUUUGAAACAUCUGUAUAUGAUGACCUACAAUAUAAUUGUCCUAACGUUUGCAGCGAAGGUCGAGGCCGUCCCCAGCUAUUGAUACCAAAAGAGCAAUUAGAAGAGAGCAAUUUUGUACAGAGGUGGAGAGUGCGUCAGUCGAUUUGGAGAAUCGAUCCUGAUAGCCGGAUGUUGAGGUGCAGAAAAAUAACAAAAAGAAGACUAUACAAUGUACCAACGCCAAAUUCUUUAUGGCAUCUGGAUGGCCAGCAUAAACUAAUAAGAUGGCGAAUUGUUAUCCAUGGUUGUGUAGAUGGAUACUCUCGUGCAGUUGUCUUUUAAAAGCUUCAUGUAACAAUAAAGCUUCCACUGUUCUUGAUCUAUUCCUUGAUGCCACAACUAAGUUUCACUAUCCACGUAGAAUUAGAACAGAUUAUGGAACAGAAAAUAUUGCUGUGGCCAGGCAUAUGCUUAAUCGUUAUGGUCUGUCUAGCAAACCUGUUCUUACUGGACAAUCCGUUCAUAAUCAGCGCAUUGAGCGUCUUUGGCAUGAUGUUAACACCUAUGUUGUUUCAAUAUAUAAGAACAUCUUCUAUUACAUGGAAUCUAAUGAAUUGUUAAA